UACAGUUUACUGUUUAGAAAACACGAGUACAGAAAAGGUCUACCAGUACUAUAGCACGACGUAUAAUAAGAUCAGGCAGCGAAGACAAACAACAGACGUUGGCUAGGCGGACAGGUCCAAGAACUCUUCGCCGUAUUUCUCUGCGGGAUUCGCCACACGGAAAACAGGAAGGCUUGAGAGGCAUGGACCGUCUCAUUGAUACUAGUGACAUAGUAGUGUGCUCGUGCUGCUCUCUUGCUUGUGUUUUCUUCGGACAGCUCGUCUCCACUGUGGCACGUAACGUUGUUAUGCCGAGUACAGCCAGGGAGGUGUGCUCCGGGUUAUGCGAAGAGUCACCGUGGACUAAAGUAGGGCACUAGUAAUGCCGCUUGCUGUUCGUGCUCAGAUGAAUCUCACCCGAGCAAGCAGAAUCCUGUCCAGUGUUUCUGCGCAUAUGAUUGUGGUGAGCGUCACCGUCGCCUGUUUUUGUUCGUCUCGGACAUGACCUGCUCUCGCCUGACGCUAAGUGCCUACUCGCGCAGCCACUUCUACCUGCUUUCUCUGCUUGUCGUCUGACCGAAAGGACAGCAGACACGCUCAGAGUGCUUACAUGCAGUUUUGCCUAGAGAAAAAAAGAGACGGACUGAGAGGAAAUCGUAACAAUGUGGUCGACUUGCUCCCGAGCUGCUGCCGACUAGUACACACGUUGUGUAGAUCUCGAGACCGCGCUUCAUUACUGCUAGCUCUCCGGCCAGCAGCUAGCUUCUCCAGCAACGACCAGUCUCAGCUUGCUAGUUAGCGGGAGCGUCCAUAUUCAUCAUGACAUAGGUGAUAUUUUGGGCUAAAUUUGCGUCGAGCACCGGCUGAACCUUUAUGUCCUUUAUGUAGCACCGGGCCGAGCGUAUCGAACUUUCCAUGCUUUGGUCAGUUUGGACUCCGACUUCGUCGAUGUAGAUCUACGGAGCGCAGAUUGCUGUGCAUAUCAGUUGUCGGCGGUAUGUAAAGAGCUGUUCGCGAAGCAAGGCCAACCAACUCACUUGAACCAUCUUUCUGGCCUAUAGGAGCGGUGGCGAUGGUGGAGAAAUGUAAAAGACAGCCACUUGGUAUAUGCUUUGCAGUACAACUACCGCAUGACCGGUCGGAUGGUCCGGAGCGCAAGUGAAGCCGGCUGGUGGGUGAAAGUCAACGGACCGAAACUGUCCGCUUUGACUGAGUUCGAGCGAAUCAUCCUAGUUCGCAAACAUACGGUGGUGUGGAUUGGUUUAUAUCGCCCGCAGGACAGUUGCUCGAGUGUGCGGUCUCACAAAUCUAUUCAUCCACAAGAUCACAUCACUGGCAGACAUUUACCAAGUUAGUUGAGCAAGAAUCAAGACUGCAGGCAGAUCACCGACUUCUGAAGAACGCUCGGUGGGUGCCAGUAAAAACCCUACGCGCAGGCCAGAAGCGGAAGUAUUUGGUGUGAUGAUAGUCGUGCUGCGGGUGGAGCGAGCGUGAUGAGCAGCAGCAUGAAGAAGUCGGGGUAUCUCUUCUUCUUGAAGAGAGGCCGUUAUAAGCUGGCAGACAGAUGGGAAACCGUAUUUUGCGAGUUGACAAGACGGAGUGAGACCGACAAAGCAGGUACACUGAUGGUAUGCAGAGAUAAAAGCAGCCUUGCCAUCGGUUUGUCUUGCCUUGCCGAGGUCAUCUCCCAGCCACUUCAGAACAACCGCUAUCUCUUUGCCCUGCCGAGGACGGACGGCUGUGAGCCAUGGAUGUUUGGCGCUGACACCGACACUGUCCGCCAACAGUGGAUAGCUGUUCUGCGGGAACUCCUCUACUCGCACAUUGGCAUUCGGCUCGCCAGCGACAAAGCAUUAAUCCGCCUUACCAUCAAUGCCACGCCGUACGCCAAGCACAAGCACGUCGAAGGACGGCAAUUUGCUGCAAUACGCGAUGGCUAUCUGCGUCUGUAUGCGACCGACUCGGUGGAGCAGGUGUGUGCCGUGGAUUUGUCAAUGGUGGAUGAUAUCCAGCAGGACGGCAGCGGGCUGACUACGCUGCAGUUCACCGAUAAGUCCGGGAAAUCGGCCAAGCAGCACAAACUGGUCAUCAGUGGCAAUGACAUGACAUACAUCUACACGCAGAUCUCUCGAGCAAGCAAACACAGCACAACUGCCACCAGCCGGCGCAAUGAAGAAGCCAAGAUCACCCAGGGUAGCCCAAUCGCAUCACCGCAGGCGCACGCACCCCACGAUUGCUACUUUGAUGAGCUUGCCAAUGAGCAGAAGACCACUGGCCCAGCAGCAGAGAUGGAGAAGCACCAGAGCAGUGCUGAUUCAGACAAGGGCUUCCUGCCAGACCAGCUGUCCCUGCACUCGAAUCACUCGGACAGUGGUGUGAGCGGUGACGAAUCCCUGCACGGUAACGACGAUGACAACACAACGUUCCGCUGGUGGCACUCCAACGCCCGUCAGCGCGAGCACUCGCCGUAUCCUCCAGCGGUCAAGGACAGGACAGGCAAAGAGGAUCCAGAAAAGCAGGAGCAGCAGGCAGAUGAAUUGGAGCGGACCGCCAUGGAGUGGCUGUCCUGCUUGCCGAAAGUACUCAGGGCAGAUCAUGAUAGUAUCUCUAAGACGGGAAGCUUGACAAGUACGCAGCAAGAUACCAGGUCAACGCGCAGCAUCGAUAGCAUAACUAGUGGUUGCGUGACCAAGGAGGACGAGAGGUCAACACCGGAAGAAGUUUUGGUGCGUGGCACAAGCCAUCCAGCGAUUCCACCGCUGAGCGCAGCCCGCUUAGCUUCCUUACAGCGGAACGGGCACAUGACCCUACCGGUGAGCCGAGUUACUGGACCACCGACAAUCCCAUUACCGCCUGUACCAGCAACUACUGCUAGAGGAACACCAGCAUCAGCAGCACAACUGCCAACCUUGUUGCUUGCACGCACGCCUGACAGAGGAGAAGCAAGUGCAGAGCUGAAUGCCAACGACGUUUCAGCACCGGCACCACCAUCUCCAGGGUGCCCAGACAUUCCCAAGUGGAGCGCAGCACGACUGCGAAGCUAUGAGGAACAUAAACGCAGCAAGCUGGCUCAAGGCGAGACGCACACCAUGGUCGCACAAUCAUCGCGCUCUUUGGAUCGGCACGUCACCAGGGGUCUACACACGCCGACCAUGCCUCCAUCAUUGGCGAGCCAGAAACACAGCUGCCUGCAACUGACCACAUCUGCACCUCCGCCGCUGCCCGUACGGCCAGCCUCAAUGAACCUGUCCAGACGCUCCUCCUCUGUCAGCGCACUGCAGCCAAUGCCUCAACGGCAUCCGUCCGCUGAGCUCCGUCAACGCCUGGCCAGUGCUCCGACCGCAGCUGUCUCAGCUUGUGUACCCGAACAUACCUAUGCUGAUCUGGAGAGCCAAAGUUCGGAUGGACCAGAUCAGGUUGUCCUCGAAGAUGAUGAAGAUCCGUACCACUUCAAAGAAGCGCCACCGAAGGCAAAGCUAAGCAAGGAAAAGAGCAGGAAGUCACUGUCUGGUGUUCUGCACAAGCUUAGGAGCAGGUCUGCCAGUCUGGACGUUGAACAGAAUUAA